AUGAAGGUCCUCUCCCUCCUCACCACCCUCGCCGCGGCGGGCGUCGCGUUCGUGUCCGCCCAGGGCGUCAUCGACGACAACUCCGAGUCGUUCCCCGAAGACCUCAACGGCUCCAACUUCACGUACCCGUGGCCCGUGAAGCUGUACAGGUUCACCUCGCAGCUGCAGCAGCUCGAGAUGGCCUUCAUGGACGUCGAGCCCAAGUGCAAGCCCAACGGCAAGACGGCCGUCCUCUUCCACGGCAAGAACUUCUGCGGCCCGACCUGGGAGACCACCAUCCGCGUCCUCGCCCAGUCCGGCUACCGCGUCAUCGCCCCGGACCAGGUCGGCUUCUGCAAGUCGUCCAAGCCCGAGCGCUACCAGUUCUCGCUGCAGCAGUUCGCCACCAACACCAACGGCCUGCUCCGGACCCUCGGCAUCGAGAGCGCCACCGUCAUGGGCCACUCGCUCGGCGGCAUGCUCACCACCCGCUACGGCCUCAUGUUCCCCGACCAGGUCGACGAGAUGGUCCUCGUCAACCCCGUCGGCCUCGAGGACUACAAGGCCCUCGGCGUCCCCUACCUCCCCAUCGACGACAACUACAAGUCGGAGCUCGCCAGCUCCUACGCCUCCAUCAAGGGCUACGAGCAGGCCACCUACUACGUCGGCGAGUGGAAGGACGAGUACGACACCUGGGUCAACAUGCUCGUCAACGUCUACAAGGGCUCCAAGGCCGACACCUACGCCCUCAACCAGGCCCAGAUCGUCGACCUCGUCCUCACCCAGCCCGUCAGCUGGGAGUUCCCCCUCGUCAAGCCGCGCACCCUGCUCCUCAUCGGCGAGAAGGACAACACCGCCAUCGGCAAGCAGUGGUCGCCCCCGGACGUCGCCGCCAAGCUGGGCAACUUCGCCGCCCUCGGCCCGGCCGUCGCCGCUCAGAUCCCCAACGCGACGCUGCACACCUUCCCCGCCCUGGGCCACGCGCCCCAGAUCUCCCACCCCGAGGAGUUCCACGACGCUCUCGUCGCCUGGUUGUCGAAAUAG